AUGAUAUCAGACAAUAGAGAACGGUCAGUAGCUGCAGUGUCAAUAGAUCCUUCAACAGAGAACUCAUUGACAUUUUCACCGAGAGGUGAUCCCGAAAUCUACUUGGAUGAGCUGCACACCGAUCUCUCUUUUGUGAGAGGGACGAACGACGAGAGAGCUGACUUUCUGAAGGAAGAGCAAGAUAGAAUACAGCGAACAUUCGGAGAAGAAUAUAGAGCCACUGUGAAAAUAUCGACAUUUUACCAAGCACAAGUGUCAGCACCCGUAUCAUCCAAACGCACCCGCCACCAUGAAGCGAGCAAAAUGAACAGUAAUACAUCAGAUUCACUCGAAUCUGUCAAGAAAGAGAGGGGAAACAGUCGACGGCCGCCGCCUUCUCGUACACGCACCCGAAGCAGAACACCCAUUAAACUAUCGACACAAACGCAACAGCCGUUAUCUUACAUUCCAAGCAAUGACGAACCAUUGCAGGAACAUUUGUCAGACUCCACUGUGUCACUUGAUGAGGACGAAAAGCGAAGCCUAUCCAAUGCAUCUCGCCUAUUGAAAGGGAGCAAAAAAAGACGUUCGCCGUCGACCCAACCCAGCAAGGCAUGCUCAGCUGCCGUGCCGGAGAAUAACUAUUACUCGCAGGGGAAAAGCAAAGCAGGCUCCCACACUAUUUCUGUGGUCUUUAAAUCAAAGCUUCCCGCCCUUCAACGUCAUGGAGGGUCGAAAGGGAAGAGCUCAACAGAAAGAUCGACAGCCGACGAGGAUUCUAUUCAUGUACCCCUCAGCAGCCCAUUACCGGCUGGCAUGGAUGCAAAAGAGAAAGAAAAGGAAUACUGGAGACGACAACGCCGCGUGUUUGUUUACAGUCGUUUCAUUACGAACGAGGAGGGUUUACGCAUCGCCCAGUCAGUGUACGAUCAUACAGUGACAUCGCCGACGGAUCGUGCAGUCACAUCGUUUCAAGGCAAUAUUGCCAACUUUCGUACAAAGCUGAGACGCAUUUUGGAUGGCAUGAAUGAUAAAUUUCAGGUUAGAAAAGCCGAUCUGACAAAUGACGAAGAAGACCUUUAUCAACGCUUAGCACAUCAGGUGGACGUCUCGGCACUGAGAUUGAUAUGGAAACACUGGAUUGCGGACCCUUUUGUCGAUGUCAACGCCUUUUACGCAGAUACGGAUGCAGUCAACUUAUUGAAGGAUGUGACAGUAAAACUCAUUAUUAUUCAUUUCAAAGAGCAAUUCCAUAUAUACACGCCAAGACAAGCGCGUAUGAAGAUGAGAGCAUUAGAUGCAGUAACACGAACAUUGCGCCUACCAGACGCUACCGAAUAUGCCUGA